CGUGGGAACAGUUCUGUGUAAAGUUGGGUCUGUGUGAGAAGCCACUACCUUUGGGUUGUGUGUCGCAUUUGGUGCUUUUUCUUCAAGUCGAAAUGGGAGAUUUAAAUGUUUUGUGUUUUCUAGCUUGGACUUGUUUUGUUACUCAAACAAAUGGAGUAAAAACCUACCGGGACAUGUUCCCUCACAAGCAUUCGAUGUCGACGAAGUUCCCACCGAUCCCGGGUUGGAACCCAGACAGCAAUCCAUGGGAUGACUCUCUAUAUCCUCCCUUUGGUCCUAAGGAACUAAUGCGCAGAAAAGGGAAGCCGGUCAAAGUGCGCCUUACCAGCGACAGUCCAGCGAUCAGUGGCUCAAUGGUAUCUUUCACUUCCAAGCUGGAGUACCCGCCCUGUCAGAAGGAGGACGUCAACGGAGAGCUGGUGUGGGAUGGGCACUGUCUGGACGCUAACGGUCAUCUGAAGUCUGGGUAUGUGUUUAACUGGACCUCCUGGCUGGAUGACUAUGGCUUCGGAAAGUGUAAGGACCUGAACAGAUGUAACGUCUUCCCAGACGGAAAACCUUUCCCUCAGAACAAUGACUGGAGACGCAAGGGCUAUGUCUACGUAUGGCACACUAUGGGUCAGUAUUAUGAGACAUGCGAUGGCUCCUCCUCCACACUGACAGUGAACACCAGUGGCAUCACUUUGGGGGCGGAGCUGAUGGAAGUUAUGGUGUACAGGAAACGCGAACGGAGGAAGUACAGCCCCCUGGCCACUGAUAAGAAUGUCUUCUUUGUCACAGACAAAAUCCCAGUGGCAGUGAAUAUGUCCCAGAAGACAGGAACCAACCUGUCAGAGAACGUGUUUGUGCGUGGCACUGACGUGGUGUUCAGUGUGUCCGUUCACGACCCCAGCAACUACCUGAAGACCGCCGACGCUGUCAACUACAUGUGGGACUUCAAGGACGGCAACCAGCUGGUCACGCAUAGCAGUGUGGCCACGCACGCCUACAGCAUGGUGGGCAACGUCAACGUGAAGCUGACCGUGGAAGCGGCGUUCAAGAUCCCAUGCCCCCCGCCCACAACCCCACCCAAAACUGUGAACACGCCUCAAAGUACAGCAGAACCCACGCCUUUCCUUAGUACCACAGGCAGUACUAGAAUAAUGGAGACAACUCAUGGUUCUGUGCCAGUAAUCACCACCAGACCCGCCUCCAAGGGUCCCAACACUGUUCCCGGGACAACUGGUGUUCCGACAACAGAGCCCCUCCCUCCCACAGUGUCAGACAUAACCCAGGGCCCGAUGCUGAACCCGAUACAGCUGUUUGCCCUCUUCUUGUUGGCUGGCCCCAGCGCGAUAGGACUGCCUCCCAGCCCUAGCCCCAUUGCCCAGAUCCACCACAGGCACCUGCCCGCCACGGACUGCUUCCGUUUUCUCUAUGGAACCUUCCAGUCUAAUAUCACCAUCAUCGAAUCCAAGCAUUUAAUCAAAAGUCUGCCAACCAAUCGGAUCGUGGAGGUGUCUGCAGCCAAGGUGACCAACACUGAAUUCAGCUUCCUGGUCAAAUACCUGGGCAGCAGUCCCACCUCGGCGUGCACCAUCGUGUCGGACCCCUCCUGCCACCAGGUGAGGAACAUUGUGUGUGACGACGUGCCCCUGUCUUCAGGGAGCGAGGUGCACCUGCGGAGGACCUUCCUGGAGCCAGGGACCUACUGCGUCAACAUCACCCUGGAGGACGCCAGCAGUCUGGCACUCGCCACCACCACCGUCACCAUCGGCAACACAGACCCGGACACGCCCGUGUCUAAGACAUCACAUACUCCUGAGGUGGUCCUGUCUUCCAGUGCUAUCCUGGUAGCAAUAUUUGCAUUCAUUGCCUUGAUGGUAUAUAAGCGCCAUAAGGUCUACAGGCCUGUAAGGAGAUCUCUGGUGGAAGAAGCAGACGGUAGCGGCCAUGUUGGGUUUGGGGGCCGUAUGGGGCGCCUGAAGGAGCGAAUAUUCCCCGUGAAUGAGGAGAGUCGUCGUCUGCUGACUGACAGACGCCCCCUGUAGACCAGCUGUCAGUACUGCAAACCUGGGGUAUUUUCAGUGAUGUGCUCUGAACAGGACAGAAACAGAAUGAAUAGAGCUUAAUUGAUUCCUUUUCUUGAGUCGCAUAUGAGCGUAUCAGUUCAACAUUAUACAUUUCUAUAUAUAAUUUUUAUAUAACCCUUAACAGGCACCAGGGUGUUUAAUCAGUGUCUUUGGUACCAAACUUUAUAUUUAGCAUGCUUAUAAAUACAGCAAAAAGAUGUGUGUGCGUACAAAUAUAUAUACACACACCAAUAACAAAGCUUCCUCACAUUUUAGUGUACGUCAGUAACUUGUUUACCUUUUACCUGUGUUGAAAAUACUAAUAGCUUGUUGUAGAAAAGCACAUUAAAGAAAUGUUUCCAAUAAACUUAAGAACAUCUUGAAGCUGGGGUGGGGCAAUGUUUUGGCUGGUGUGGCGUUUACUAAUUUUGCCAAAUUUAUGUUUUUCCUUCCUUUAUCCUCCUUGAUCGGUAAACCAAUAAGUAGUUGAGGUGCUGUAAAUUAGUUACUGGAGUAAGUGUUCUUCCUUCUCCACAGCCUCCUUAUAUCAAAGACACUCAUGUGUAUCCCACCACAGAAGAAUUGGCACAUCAUCCCCCUUCAGUUGAAUCAGCUUUCAUUUUUUCUGAGAAAAACAUGACACAGUUAAAAGCAAUAUUCUUUGGCUAUGCAUGGCCCUGUCUGUGGUCUAAGCCACUGCCUCCAAAGCACACAUAUCAAUGCAGAACUGGUUAUAUUGCAGCCCACAGCUAUUGAAGUACAGUUCUCUGCAGUCUUUCCAACAUCCUCACCUCUUAUAAAAACAUUUUUAAAAAGCAUCAAAUGCCCUAAAAUAAAUCUUUGUAAUAACAUUUGUGAUGACGCUUAUUUUAUGAAAUGUCAUGCAUAAUAAACUACUUCAGAGAUUUAUUUUAGGAUCCAUCCACUUCGGUUGAUAAGACAUUAGUGGGAGGGCCUCCACAAGACAAAGGAAUGCAAGCCGUAAUGCAACGGUGUACACAUCAAGGGCCCGCACAGACAGCCACCAGGGGCCAUCUGCGGCUGGCGGGCCAUGCGAUGAAGAACAACUGCUCAGUCCCCAGAAUGGGUUAGAGGCCUCUAGUGGCCAAAACAGUGGGAGAUUCAAAAAUCCUGCCUAGGAAAAAAACCUAAGAAACAAAAAGGAAAUGGGCAAGUAGUAGUUGAUUGUAUAAAUGAUAAAUGCAUUGAAGUUCUUCAUUCGAUGCUCCAACCCCAGCACUGGAUAACAUUUAACAUUUCACUUGAAUUUGAUACCUAUGCAACUGAAAACUAGGUAGCACUGUCCAGUCUAUGCAAUAUGCAUACCCGUUCCAUUUCUUACAUGAACAUAAGUGUUUUAGUUGCUGAAGUUUAAUUUAUAAAAAUGUAAUAUUUG